AUGUCGACAAUCUUUCCUUCGGACGCCAAGCCGUGGUCGCCGAGGAAUAAUUCGAACGCCGUGUCGCUGCAAAAAGUACCUUCUGUUUUUGUGCCGCAACGACUCGUUACUGCGUCACCAGAGCAGAAUAGCACCGUGCAGCUAAGUCCCACGGCCGCCAAGCUGUUUGUGGGCCAAUUACCUUUUGAGACGGAUGAGUUACGUCUAUACAAUUUGUUUAGUGCGUAUGGUAACGUUGAGCACAUUCAUAUCCUCCGCGAUCUUAAGAACCGAAGUAAAGGUGCCGCCUUUGUUACAUAUUCUAAUGUGGAAGAGGCAGAUACAGCCAUCUUCACGCUUCACAACCGGUACAAGAUGCUGGCAAACCGUAUGAUUCAGGUAAGUUACGCAAAGAACAGUCCCAACAUUUCUCCCUUCGGUUCAUACGCGGCUCUCGCGGUACAUCAAAUGAAUCCUACAAAUCCUUUGCCAGGUGUUGCGAGCAGGCCUUCCGAAAUUCGACCGUUUCAGUGGUGA